UCCAUCAGAUAGAAAAACAAGUGAAAGAAAAAAAGAAAAAGAAAAAGAAAAGAAAAGAAAGAUAAUCCAAACAUGCCCUUAUCCUCCUACCUUGGCAGCAACCGCCGUGGCGGAGGAUGGACACCGGCAAUGCUUCCGUCUUCACCGUCACCCACCGUCAAAUCAACCCCCAAAGCCCAUCAGACUCGGAAGCUACGGAAACGGACGGCUCUGAUCAACUUCCUCUUCACCAACUUCUUCACCAUAGCACUUUCCGUUUCGUUCCUCUUCUUCCUUCUUACCCUUUUUCUCUUCGGAAUCCCCAAACCCAUUUCCUCACACUUCAAGCCCCGAUCCCUGACCAGAAGGCUCUCGACACGGAGGUCUGCAACCCGGAAAAAACCCGGGUCGAACCAGAAUGGUUCCGUUGUUGAUAUAACAACUAAGCAAUUGUAUGAUAAAAUUGAGUUUUUGGACGAGCGUGGAGGGGCUUGGACACAAGGGUGGAAAGUUUCUUACAAAGGAGAUGAAUGGGAUAAUGAAAAGCUGAAGGUUUUCGUGGUUCCACAUUCUCAUAACGAUCCGGGGUGGAAGUUCACCGUGGAAGAGUAUUACGAGAGGCAAUCAAGGCAUAUACUUGAUACCAUUGUAGAAGCUUUAUCAAAGGAUACUCGGCGGAAGUUCAUAUGGGAAGAGAUGUCGUAUUUGGAAAGGUGGUGGAGAGAUGCCUCAGAUGAUAAAAGGGAGUCUUUUACAAACUUGGUGAAGAAUGGCCAGUUGGAAAUAGUAGGGGGUGGCUGGGUGAUGAAUGAUGAGGCAAAUUCACAUUACUUUGCCAUAAUUGAGCAGGUAACUGAGGGAAAUAUGUGGCUGAAUGACACUAUUGGGUUUAUUCCAAAAAAUUCUUGGGCAAUAGAUCCAUUUGGUUACUCUCCUACAAUGGCUUAUCUCCUCCGUCGAAUGGGCUUUGAGAAUAUGCUUAUUCAAAGAACCCAUUACGAGCUGAAGAAGGAACUUGCUUGGAAUAAAAAUUUGGAAUACAUAUGGCGUCAAAGCUGGGAUGCUGAUGAAACUACUGACAUAUUUGUGCAUAUGAUGCCAUUUUAUUCAUAUGAUGUUCCACAUACUUGUGGACCAGAGCCUGCCGUUUGUUGUCAGUUUGAUUUUGCCCGUAUUAAUGGUUUCUUUUAUGAACGCUGCCCAUGGGGACACCCUCCUAUAGAGACUGACCAGGAAAAUGUGCAGGAGAGGGCACUAAAACUACUAGAUCAGUAUAGGAAGAAGUCGACCCUUUACCGGACGAAUACACUUCUCGUACCUCUUGGAGAUGAUUUCCGUUAUGUCAGCAUUGAUGAAGCCGAGGUUCAGUUCAGAAAUUAUCAAAUGAUAUUUGAUUACAUCAACUCUAAUCCCAGUUUAAAUGUAGAAGCAAGAUUUGGUACUUUGGAUGACUAUUUCCAGACCCUUAGAGAUGAGGCUGACAGAAUAAAUUAUUCCAUUCCUAGAGAAAUUGGCUCCAGCGAGGUUGUGGGUUUUCCUUCUUUAUCGGGUGACUUCUUUACUUAUGCUGAUAGGCAGCAGGAUUAUUGGAGUGGCUAUUAUGUAUCAAGGCCUUUCUUCAAAGCUGUUGAUCGGGUAUUAGAGCAAACGCUCCGUGCAUCGGAAAUUUUGAUGGCAUUUUUAUUUGGUUAUUGCCAGAGAAUACAAUGCGAAAAACUACCAAUGGGGUACGCAUACAAGUUUGCAGCUGCAAGGAGGAAUUUAGCUCUUUUCCAGCAUCAUGAUGGGGUGACCGGAACUGCCAAGAAUCAUGUUGUUCUUGAUUAUGGAAUUCGGAUGCACACUUCCUUACAGGACCUGCAGAUUUUCAUGUCUAAAGCAAUUGAAGUAUUGCUUGGAAUUCGCCAAGAUAAGUCAGAUCAGACCCCUGCCCAAUUUGUUCCCGAACAGAUGAGAUCUAAAUACGAUGCUCUGCCUGUGCAUAGAACAGUCAGUGCUCGGGAAGGAACCAUACAAUCAGUUGUACUCUUUAAUCCUCUGGAGCAGACAAAAGAAGAGGUUGUGAUGUUAGUUGUUAAUAGACCGGAAGUUACCGUUUUGGACUCAAACUUGACAUGUGUUCAAAGCCAGGUUUCUCCCGAGCUGCAGCAUGACAAAGGCAAGAUUUUUACAGGCAGGCAUCGUGUCCACUGGAAAGCUUCUGUUCCUGCCAUGGGUUUGCAGACAUAUUAUAUUGCCAAUGGCUUUGUUGGAUGUGAAAAAGCUAAACCAGCAAAACUCAAGCUCUUCUCGAACUUGAGUUCAAUACAGUGCCCUACACCAUAUACUUGUUCGGAAGUAGAAGGAGAUGUGGUCGAAAUUAAGAAUCUGCAUCAAACUCUCACCUUUGAUGUCAACCGUGGUUUGUUGCAAAAGGUAAUCCAAAAAAGUGGUCCCCAAAAUGCGGUGGCUGAAGAGAUAAGCUUUUACUCGAGUACUGGAAGUGCAUACUUAUUUGUACCCGAAGGUGAAGCUGUGCCUAUAAUUCAGUCUGGUGGGCAUCUGGUCAUCUCUGAGGGUCCCUUGAUGCAGGAGGUGUAUUCUUACCCAAAGACUGAACGGGAGAAAACUCCGAUCUCCCAUAGUACUCGUAUUUAUAAUGGAGGCAAUACGAUACAAGAGUUUCUUGUUGAGAAGGAAUAUCAUGUUGAGCUUCUUGGCAAGGAUUUUACGGACAAAGAGUUAAUUGUUCGAUAUAAGACGGAUAUCAAUAACAAAAGAAUUUUCUACUCCGACUUGAAUGGCUUUCAGAUGAGUCGAAGAGAAACAUAUGAUAAGAUCCCUUUGCAGGGGAAUUACUACCCGAUGCCCUCUCUCGCUUUCAUGCAAGGGUCAAAUGGCCAGCGGUUUUCUGUCCAUUCUCGGCAGUCACUUGGUGCUGCAAGCCUUAAACAGGGUUGGCUAGAGAUUAUGCUUGAUCGUCGUUUGGCAAAAGAUGAUGGGCGUGGACUUGGGCAAGGAGUGCUGGACAAUCGUGUUAUGAAUGUUAUUUUCCAUCUCCUGAUUGAAACCAACAUUUCUUCAACUCUAAAUCCCGUCUCCUACCCGCAACCUUUGAGUCCAUCUCUUCUCUCACAUUGCGUUAGUGCUCAAUUGAAUCAUCCCUUGCAUGCAUUCAUUGCCAAGAAGCCACAAGACAUUUCUGUGCGUACAAACUGGAGACCCUUUUCUCCAUUAACCGCUCCCUUACCUUGUGACUUGCAUAUUGUGAGUUUCAAAGUCCCUCGACCGGAAAAAUCUUCUCAACAGCAGCUUGGAGAUCCCAGGUUCGUUUUAAUGGUGCAUAGACGAAACUGGGAUCCUUCAUACUGCCAGAAUGCUAGAUCUCAGUGCACCAGCAUGGCCGAUGAACCUGUAAAUCUAUUCAACAUGUUCAAUGGUCUUGAAGUGCUGAAAGCUAAACCAACUUCCUUAAAUCUUCUACACGACGACACUGAGAUGCUAGGUUAUGCAGAGCAGUUUGGUGACGUCGCCCACGAAGGUCGUGUAAUUGUUCCUCCCAUGGAAAUACAAACAUACAAGUUAGAAUUGAGAGCGUUCCAGCAAACGCCGUUGGCUGAUUUAAACCGUAUGCUGCUAUCUCAUGUGAGAUCCGACAAAGUCGAGAACAUCAAAGAUGUCUCGUGAAGUAAAUACGUGUCCAACGUAUGUAACUUAGGAGCGAGAGAUGUACAAUUAGUAUAUUCUAAGUUUGACACCGAGAAAUCUAUGUUACUAUAUUCUUCUUAGAAACUGGGAUUUGUGGUCUAUGAUUUGACCAUAAUCAACUUCAAAUUUUGCUUGUAUUAUCCUCUGUUAUGAAGAUUGUUUCUCAUAGAGUGAGAUUUU